UAUAAUAAACUUAAUUGCGUUUAUUGUUGCCUGUGGGUGUGAGAUUCACAUUAUAAGCUUAUUUCUUAUGUGCUCAUUUCUCCGGUGUAAAAGUGUAGAGUCUGUCAACUGAAAUAUAAACACCCCUGCCGCAUACAUCUGUCUCAAUACGUUAUCUUCAUGUGGGGGUGGGUAGGGUGACCUACGGCUAUCCAGCUCCACCAAAAUCCGUUUAUGUGUAACGUUCACCAACUAGACACUUCAUUUCCCCUGAAUGAACGUUUGCCCAACAUUCAUCUCCGCCGCACCGUAAACACGAGAGAGAGGGGAAUGACACCAUAACGUUCACUACUUCUCCUAUUUGGCGGCUAUUAUCGCCAAAGACCGUUCGUUUUGGCACACCAGGGAAGUGGGUUUUACAACCGCUGUUUCUAAGCCCUUUUAGACAGUCAUGUGAUUGUAACGUAACCCGACCGGAAAACACCGACGACGACCAUCGCCGCAAAUGCUGCUUUUGAGAGGAACAGAGCAGCUGCGAGUCCAACGGACAAGUGCCCCGGUAAAAGACAACAACUCGCCACACUCCACACGCUCGAGCGGAGGAAAGUAGACAGGAAGUUGACUGUCAUCUCUGGCCCUUUUUGUGUAGGUGGAAGUAUGGAGCUGGCCAAUCAUGGUCUUAUCCUUCUGCAGCAGCUCAAUGCACAGAGGGAGUUUGGCUUCCUGUGUGACUGCACGGUCGCCAUCGGUGAUGUCUUUUUCAAAGCACACAAGGCCGUACUGGCCGCAUUCUCGAACUACUUUAGAAUGCUAUUUAUACACCAGGACAGUGACUGUGUUCGCUUGAAGCCUGGAGAUAUUCAGCCGGACAUCUUCAGCUAUCUCCUCAAUCUAAUGUAUACUGGCAAACUAGCGACACAGCUUAUAGACCCAGCUCGUCUGGAGCAGGGCGUGAAGUUUCUCCACGCCUACCCUCUCAUUCAGGAGGCCAGUCUAACCAGCCAUUCAGCUUUCUCUCACCCUGAGGUCAGCCUUCCCCUCUCCUCCUCUCUUUAUGGCAUUCAGAUAUCAGACCAACAGGCCUCGAUCGCAAACCCAGCAAGAACGCAUUUGUUUUCACCAUUUGACUUGGAAGGCAGUGGUUUGCUCGAUGGGAAGUCAGUCACCACAAAUAAAGCUGCUACCUCACUGACACGGUCUGGAUCCAGGCACAGACACACCCUGUCAGAAACGGAGGUAGAGGCGACUGCAAGCACCAGUCAGUUUCUGAAGGAAAGCGCUGAGACGGAAACAUCUGCAGGUGAGGCCCCAACUUCCUCCAUGAGCACCAACACAAUUCUACAUGUGAAGCCCAGCAUAAUGAGAAGAGGUUCGUCUAUGAGAAAGCAUUACACGUGCCAUGUUUGCAGUGGCCGCUUUACCCAGCGAGGAGCCUUACGAGAACACCUGCUCUUACACACUCAGGCGAUGCUCCCUCUGGUGUUAGAGCCAGGCGGUGCAGCUUCCCCCAUGGCUACUGGAGGUGCUGCAACACCAGAGGUGGAGGAAGUUUUUAGAGGCAGUGAAGCCGCUGCAGCCACCCCUGUCAUCAUGGACAUUGCUGGCGAUAGCGAGCAGCCUCUAUACUCUAAAGACUCGCAACAUGCUGAAACUGCAAUGCCUGUCCCUACAGCAAUGGCAGUCAGCCUGUGUACAAUGCAGUCACAGGCGGACACGCCUCCUCCAUCCGAUAUUGCUGACAUCGACAACUUGGAGGGUGUGGCAGACAUGGAUCGGGAAGUGAAGCGAAGGAAAUAUGAGUGCUCUACUUGUGGGCGCAAGUUCAUUCAGAAGAGCCACUGGAGAGAGCACAUGUAUAUCCACACAGGCAAGCCCUACCGCUGCAGCGCCUGUGGCAAAAGCUUCUGUCGUGCCAACCAGGCGGCGCGACAUGCUUGCAUGAAUCAGAGUUCAGAGCCAGCGUACACCAUGGUGGACCGACAGAGCAUGGAGUUGUGUGCAGCUGAUGACUCCAGCCAGAUGGAGGCACUGUUUCUUGGCUCAUCAGGGAGACCUUACAAAUGCAAUGUGUGCGAAAUAACCUUCUCCAGCCCCAGUGAGGUAAUCAAACACCUGUGCUUCAACCAGGCGGCACUCUCGGGUGGGGCAACAAUAGGAAUGGGAGUCAUUGGGCUGAACAGUGACAACCUGGCCAAAGAUGAAGGUUCAGAUUCAUCCAGUGGUGGGCCGUUGAUAACACCCAUCAAAACCGAGGAGUGUUUUGUGGAAUAGUUCCGUAUGCAUCCACUUCAAAGUAUUGUUUUUUAAUGUAUUGUAUUUUAAUUGUUUGGGGGUAAAUUAUAAUCAGAAUUAAGCUAACAGUACAUAUGGGAAUUCUACAUCUACUGAGUACUACUUCUUUCUGUGUUAUGCAUUUUCAAUGAAGAACCAACACUUAUAAAUUUGGUUACUAUAUUUAUAACAGAUUUACAAUGUGAUUAUUCCACUGAGAUGCAGAAGUUAACGCUUCACUUCAUUUUAGAUUUCUUUCAAGGUUUUUAUUGGUUUACUCAUUUGCACAGGUUGCAUUGCGGUUCAAGCUCUUCCUUUGUCUAACAGUCUACAGGAAAAUGAUGUAGUGAACUGUUGGAAUCCUACAUGUUCAUUACAUUGUGCAGAUCGGAUGCAGAUUAGACAUUAGGUUGCAUUUGGUAAUUCAAUCAAACGUUUAAUCAAGAAAAUCCUUAGAUUGUGAGUGUCCCGAUGGAAUCACCAGUAAUUUUAAUAUAAACAAAAUCGUAAUAUCUCUGAAUGUCAUUUUCUGUGCAGCUAAGUUCUGGGCUUGAUUUAUGGAACAAGUAUCCUUUACUACCUCAACCGGUUACACCAGUUUUGGACAUGCAAUAUCAGACAAACCUGAAAUUUGCAUCAAAGAGUUAUUCUAGGGUAGAGGAUCAGUCAGCUUUAUCUGUCAGUGUCUCCAAGGAGUAACAUUGUUCUCACAGAAUUUUUGCUCGAGAUAUUUUUCCUUCUGAUGCUGUUUCGUAUUUCUCAUUACGUGCUUUGGGUUAGCAAGAGAAAGGCGUGUCGAAUAUAAUUUUGAUUAUUUUAUAUUUGAAUUAAUGUGACCCACAAUAUACAGGUAUUUGCCUAAUUAUUCUUUUCUUGUAAUUUGUCAAUUUGUUACAUUGUUGUUUUUGUGCCAAUACCACAUAAAUGAAAAACAUAUAUGCCAUUUUAUUGGAGGCAGCUGCUUUCAUUUUGGUUAAACAUGUUUAGAGUUGGGCUUUGUGUUUAAUCAACAUGCUUUUCAAAACUGUUGCUGUGCAUAAAUUUAGUAAACACUGUGGACAAUUUUACACAUGUGUACAUUGCUUAAAGGGAGACAUUUCUGUCAUGUUCGCCAAUUACAUUUUAAUAUUUUUUUUUGUUGUUGUUUUUGCAAUCAAUUGAUUUGCUUGAAUAUGCUCUUAAAUUCCUUAUUUUUUAUUUUUAUAACUGCAGUGCUGCAUUUACAAAUAAUUUUAUAAUCUCAAAAGUUGUAUAUUGCUAAUUGCAUUUAUCGUAGGUGAUUAUCCAUUUUAGUGUAGCACAAGUUUAUGUGUACUUGUUUAUAUGUAAUGGCUGUCUUUGUGUUGAAGACAUUCGUUCAUUUUAAUGAAACUGAUAGUGAGGUUACGCUGUUAAAGCACUGAAAUCUACUAAAGAACCCUCACUUCUUUGAUAUAUUUGUUUUUUAUCAGGAACCUUCUAUCAUUUUAAACCAGAGCUAUUUACAUUCAGUGCUAAAUAUUUCUCAUUGUUUCUUUUUGUAAAAUCUUGUAGGAAUAUAUUUUACAGGGCACUGUGAGUUAAGUUACUACUGAAUAACGAAUUAAAGCCAGGAAUAUUCAUUUGUUUUGUUACAACCAGGUUUUUUUUUUUUUUUUAAUUGUGCCUAAAAUUAAUCUGGCCAAGGCCUCCUUUCUUCUAUGUUUGAUCAAAUGUGUAAUUUCAUGCCUUUUUCUAUUAUAUUAUUACAGUUCUUUAUUUUUUCUACAUAUGCAAAUUGUAAUACUUUGAGCCAGUUUUAGGGAGGGGAGAGGGUAAAGGCAGCCCCUCAGUCGCACAAACCCCAAAGCCAAGACAAACAUACUGUGAUCUCUCGCUCCUCAGGAACAUGAACAGUUGUCUCUGGAAAAAAUACUUUCUUUUCAUUUUCAUUGUGAAUAAUAAAUCCUUAUGUUUUUUGAAGAGUGCACUUUUCUUCUUAAAUAUCGUUAUUAUAUAAGUAAUGUAGUAUUCUCUGCUAGAAACAAAUUUGUACAGUCAUAAGGUAGUAGAAAUGAUGCACACACACACACACACACACACUGACCUUACCUUCUACCUAACCAUGAGGUCAAGAAUUUUGCCUUUGAAACCUCUCUCCAUAUUAAUAGUCAUGGAAAUAAACACUAUUAAUGUGACAGAAUAGGCUAUCACUGCUACUUUUAUUUAAAAGUAUGUGUACGCUUACAUAAGUUAUGCACCAAUUAUGCUUAAUAAACCAAC